AACGUUUGAGAAACACACGACAAGGAAUUUUGUUCCUGUAAUUCUAAGCUUCGACAAUGGAAUUUAUGUCCGCUACCGACAGAGUGAAUGCUGCAUUCGCUACUUUGCAGUCUGAGUUGAGAGAAAUCAGAACACAAGACAUCAGUCUGAUGAAGCAGCUACUUAGUAUCAACGAUUCCAUCCAGAGUCUGUCCAAGAAAAAGAGCGACAAGUCACGCGCCAGGAGAAUGACAAGAAAAAUCUCCCGCAAACCAGCACUGGCGGAAAUCACAGACGAGGACCAAACAUACAGCAGGAAGGACGAAAUCAAACUCCUAACUAACAUUAAAUUAUGGAAAUACUCCCAGUCAGAAGAAUCCAGCUCGGGAUCAGAGUCAGAAAUCUUGUCUGACUAGAAAGUGCCUCAACUGAUUCCAGAAUACCUCAUUUAACGACGGUCUCUCUUAAAGCUGAUGCAUCAAGUACCCCACUUUCUCGACAAAUCAGUUUUAGAGGUACACAGACCGGAUUAAGAACAACCUUCAUCAGACUCUGACGUUUUUGUUUUUUGUUAUUUCUCUCGUCGCCUUUCAUUGAUAAAAGUAGGGUUUUGUAAUGAAGGACGAUGACAGAGCCAGGCAAUAGUAGCGAUAGUUGCUGUUACUUUGAUUGGUUUAUUGUCUUUUAAUGGAUGUUUUUUUCUUUGUUUGUUCAUGUUUGUUUUUAAAUGCAUGCAAGUAUUCUCUGUAUGAAUAUUUUUUGUCAAGUGCAUAUUUGUGUUGAUUUCGACGAAGUCUUUGGACGGAUUCAAAUAUUUCUUGUUUUGUGCAAUGUAAGAUUUUUUUCAAAAAUAAUUUUCUCGCCUUUUUCAAGAGAAAUGUUAAAAAAUUAGUUCGAUAUUUUCUGAUAUUAAACUCUUUAAAAGUAUUUAAAUAUCAUUGUUCUCAGUUAUAUACAUUUUAAAGAAAUCAAGAUUUGGUUGAUCAUAUUCAACUUAAUUGAAUUUAUUUUUUUAAACGUGUUCGAUAACAGAUCAAAAUUUUUUAGCUUAUGUUUUGUGUCCCAAGUAAGACUUUGUAUUUGUGUCUGUGUUUUUUACAUGUUGUAUGUUUGUCCACAACUUUAACUUUGACCUAUUACCAAGCUUUGUGUUAAGUUCAGUUAUGGGUCAAAGUUAGAGCCUCUUUAAAACUUAAAGUAAUGCAUGAAGACUACAAGUCUAAAAAGAAAUUGGAUAGUUUCGGUUAUGUUACAGGUAUAAAAUAUUAUGUUAUUCAUCAUAGAGAAUACUUUUGUCAAAUGUCAAAACAUUUAAGAAAUAUUAUUGUUUUCAUAUGAUAUUUUUUAUUCAUAAAUUUCUAAAUAUAUUUUAAAAAGAAAAUCAAGAUUAAUUUUGAUAUCUAUUUUUCAUGAAAAUUCAAAAUUUAUCAAAAAUUAUAGAGCUGUUACCAUUAUUAUAAUAUUUUUGUUAAAUACUUUGGAAUAAAGACUCUAAAAUGCA